GUUGUCUCAACACCUCGCUAGAGCACAAUGAUGUACUGAAAAGAGGCGGAAGCAUUUUACAUGACAAACCGCGACUCGUAGACAGAGUACGACGGAAAAGGUUAUGUGUUCGUUGUGAAUUGAUUUAGUCUUAGGCAAAUAAUUACACGCUAGCCACUAGUUUCAUGCAAGCGAGGGACAGAACAAAUGUGAAAGUUCCCUGUCCACAAAUGCGUGUAGGUUAUCUCACUGCACCGCGUCUAGGCUCACCACCAGGAAGCAACACCCACAUGAUGAUGCAAUGGCAUGUUUGUUUGACUACCGUACUGUACAAGAUAAGUCCAGUACACGGUUGCCGUGUUUUUAAAACGUCUAGCAGACGACAGGCGAGAGCUAUCGUGUGCAAGCCUUCAGAUCAUCAGAGACUCGAGAGAUGAUGACAGUUCCCACCGUUCUUCUCAUUUUGUCCGCACUAACAACAGUAGACGUCGCUUCGUCAGAGAGACUAGACUGCAAUGCAAGAAGGGGAUGUUCGUCGUGUCAAUGCGCCGCUCUAGGAAAAUGCGGAGGACAGAUUUUGUCUAGAGACGAGCCCUCUCAGCUUCUUCUCCAGCAGGUGUCUCCAUGCAUGAACUGCAAGUGGGCGAUAACUGCUUCUGGAAAGAAAAGAGUCAGACUUACUUUUUCGCAUUUCGUUCUUGGACCUGGAGAUAAAGUACAUGUAUUCAACGGCCACUCAACGAAGCUUAAACCCAUUGGCACUUACAUACAAGGAGACAGCCCAGCAGAUGUUGUGUCAUCCGGGAACGCUAUGACAGUAAAGGUUGUUACAGACGGCUGUGGACCGAAUCCUUUGAUAAACGCGUCUGUUAGAGCCAUCGAUUGUGGAGGUUUGAUGUACUUGAAGUCUGGAAAGGCUAAUUCAAAACACGUUCAAUCUCCUAACUUCCCUAGAAACUACCCGAAUAAUUUAGACUGCUUAUGGAUGUUUGUUAGCAGUGCGGAUUCAUUGCUAUCAGCAAACAUCAAUCUCAAAUAUGUUAGCACUGCAGAAUCACGAGACAAGUUAAUCAUUCAAGACUCUUUACAAGUGUCUGGACAAGGUGACCAAGCGAUGGAGUACUACGGCACAAAAGCAACAAAAUACAAAACUUUGAAGGUCAGAAGCUCUCCUGGCUUUACUAUUCAAUUUUCUUCCGACCAAAGAAAGAGAGGGAAAGGAUUUUCGCUGGAUGUUGUCGCUUUGUCCAACGCUCGUGAUUGCUCCGUUCCAAAGAAUCCUGAAAACGGUUUAGUGGAUCUAAUAAAUGUCGGCAGUACUGCUAAAUAUUCUUGCUGUGACGGCUAUAAGAUUUUUGGAGAUGAAACGCGAUCUUGCACCAACAGAGGAUGGUCUCCAUCAGUCAAUCCGACAUGCAAACCUGUGAGUUUUUGCACUUUACCGACCAAUAUGGAAGUUUCUGAUGAAUCUUCUAAUGUUGCUAUCGGACAAGAAGUAAGUCUCCACUGCUCGAGAGGAUACAAGCUUUCAAAUUCGCUCAAAUCUCUGCCAGCAUUGUGCGACUGUAAUGGCAGAUGGAACGUAACUAUUGACCCAUCACCAUGCAAAGAUAACCAAUGUGCUGCUCCACCUUCAUCUCCUGCACAAGGUGGUAUGACGCUGUACGAAGAAAACAUGACAAUUUUUCCAGUAGGAUCGAGAGUGAAUUACAGCUGUCCAGAGGGGUUUGGCUUAGAUGGCAUUCCGUAUCGCGUUUGUACCGAAGAUCUCGUUUGGAAACCGGAUACUGAAGUUCACACGUGCAUAAAAAACGGGGCUGCAUGUUCGGAUCCCGGUACACCGGAAAAUGGAGUUCGAAGGACACUUUCAUUUGCGGGAGGACGCCUUGCUUCUUUUGGUUGUAAGCCUGGCUACAAAUACUACGGAACUAUUUUGCGUACUUGCACUGUUGACGAUUCUGGCAACACAUAUUGGGAUGGUAAAGAAGGUUAUUGUCGAAGUGAAUUCAAGUCUAUUCAAGGCUUGGGAAUUCAACUGAAAGAAACAUUUAUCGACAAGCUCACGACAUGCGUUAUUCCUGUCAACCGCACCAAUUCUACUACAGCAACGCGCGUUAACCCAACGACUGUUACACCAAAUCCUUUUUCAAAUCCCCCGAUCAAUUCGGGCAACAACUCAAUUAGGACAGCAGGCUGCAGGGGCCGUUCGGUAGUCGUUGGAGAAGGCUGUGUUGAUCUAAUAUACAUUGCUGAUUGCUCAGGGAGUGUGGGAGCAGUAAACUUUAACUUAAGUCUAGACUUUGUUGGUCGCUCGGCGUCACUUUUUAACAUUACAGGAGGAGAAGCUCGUGUGACUCUCAUCACUUAUGACGACAACGUGCACCUACAAAUACCCCUCAACAAAAACUUGACUCUUAACGAAACGUUGGAGAGAAUAAACAAGACCAAGUUCUGUGGAGGUGCUACUGCAACGAGGAAGGUGUUGAAAUUUGUUAGAGAAGAAGUGAUGCCACUCAGUAGAAAUAACUGCAAACGAGCGAUGUUUCUGUUUUCUGACGGACUAAACAACUGGGCUGGGAACCCACUAGAAGAAGCUCGAGUUCUGAAACAAGAAAAAGGUGUCGACAUUUACACUAUAGCUUUUGGAGUUAACAAAGAAAUCCGAGUUGACAAACCUGCAUUGGAGAAACUGGCAUCGAAACCAGAAUAUUAUUUUGCAGUAAGAAAUGCUAGUGCAAUAAAGUCAGCAUUGAAUAGCGCUUUCAAUUUAUCGAUUGGAAUGACGUAG